CCGGCCCUACAGCCUUCACCCUCUGGACCAGGAGGAAGCCCCGCGGACGAGCCAGGCCACCCUCUCGAGCGCAGUCCGUGGGCCACCACCCGGCCGCAGUGCUUAAGGAGCCGCCUGCAGUGCGUAUCCGGAUCGCCCGUGCGGAAUCCGGGAGCCGAGGGGCGGCCGCGGCCCGGCUCAGGACGUGGGCCUGCGGUCAGCAUCGCUGAGGAGCCACCAGGCGAAGCCGCCGAGAUGUGAAAGUAAAGAAAGGACUUAAAAAAUAGCAAGGAUGCUUUUGAGUCAGAAUGCUGCAGCAAUCAGAUCAUUUAAUUUGUUUCUCAUGGUGUACAUCAGCCUAGUGUUUGGUAUUUCACCUGCUUUGACUGAUUUUUCAGUUGAACCUUGCAUUUUAAAUAUGACAUUACGAAAUUUCCGGUCAAUCUUGUCAUGGGAACUGAGAAACCAUUCCACUGUACCAACUCACUAUACGUUAUGGUACACAAUCAUGAGUAGACCUGAAGAUAUGAAGAUUGUUGACAACUGUGCAAAUAUCACGAGAUCAUUUUGUGACCUAACAGAUGAGUGGGAAUACAUAAGCGAGAACUACAUCACCAGACUCAUAGGAUUCAGAGGCAACACAGCAGUGGUCUAUUGCAUCCACAGUUUCCAUCUGGCUGUGGACAUGUCUCUUGAACCACCAGACUUUGAGAUUGUUGGUUUUACAGACCACAUUAAUGUGAUAGUGAAAUUUCCAGUGAUCCUUAGGGAAGAAUUACAGUUUUUUCUAUCACUUGUCAUUGAAGAACAGUCAGAGAGGCUUGUUAAGAAGCACAAACCCCAAAUAACUGAAAACAUAAGUGGAGAUUUCAACUAUGUCCUUGACCAGUUACUUCCAAACACAAACUACUGUGUAUCUGUUUAUUUUGAGCCUUACGUUUUGGAAACAGAAAAAUCUCCCUUAAAAUGCACCUUCCUUCAACCUGGCCAGGACUCAGAAUCUGCCAAAAUAGGAGGAAUAAUUACUGUGUUUUUGAUAGUAGCAGUCUUCAUAAGCACCAUAAUAAUACUGAAGUGGAUUGGUUAUAUAUGCUUAAGAAAAAAUUUACCCAAAGUCUUGAAUUUUCGUAACUUUUCAGCCUGGAUAUUUCCUGAGCAGCCACUCUUGGAAGCAGUGGAUAUGGUGGAGGUCAUUUUGAUCAACAGAAAGAAGAAAGUGUGGGAUUAUAAUUAUGAUGAUGAAAGUGACGACGACAAUGAAGCAGCCCCCAGGACAAGUGCUGGGGGCUACACCAUGCAUGGACUAACAGGCAGGCUUCUGAGUCAGGCCCCUGCCUCCUCAGCUGGGACCUCUGAGGAGUCCCAGUUUAUGGACCCAGACUCUGAGGAGCUGCCUGAAUUGUCCGACGCUGAUGCUGAGCCCCCCAUGGUGCUGGGGCCCUGCCCCUGGCAGUCAGAACACACAAGUGGGUCUUAUGAGAGGAGAGAAAGUCCACUCCAGGACCCCUUUCCUGAUGAGGACAGUAGCUCCCUUGAGGAGUCUGGAGACAAAAUUAUCUUCAAUGUGGAUUUAAACUCUGUGUUUAUAAGAGUCCUCAACGACGACCCAGAAGAAGCCCCUCUGAUGUCAUUAUCUCUUCCAGAAGAGAGAGACAACUUAGAGGAUCCCAAUGAAACGGAAUCAAGCCUUCUGGUGACCACAGGGGAAGGGACACAGCCACCCUACGCUGGCUCCUCUUCAGAAAGCCUGUGUCCUGAAGAUGCUCCAUCAGAUAAAAGUGACACUUCUGAGUUGGAUGUUGACCUCAGGGAUGGUUAUGUAAUAAGAUGACUCCAAAACUAUUUAAAGAACUUGGACAAAUAUCUGCGGGGUUCUCGCUCCUUGCACCCUAACUUGCUGCUUUGUGGUCUGCAAGUAUUCUCUGAGGGAAGGAGUAGGAAACCGUAGAGUCUGCCCCUUUCUUCCUGGUAACAUCAUCUAUGCAGAUUCCCAGCCAGGACAUUGUCGACACAUUCAAAGCACUUUGAAGGGAGCAUGCUCUGCCCAUUCCCUUUAAUGCACUUUUGAUGCAUCUGCAUCAUGUUUCCCAGGGAGUAAAGUGCCCUGUGGUUUUCAGGGGUGGUCCAAGGCCUUGUUAUAUUUCUGGGAAAUAAUUAAAUUGGGCCAGGGUGGGAGGGUGGAGAGAAGAGGAAAACACUGAGCAGGAGAAGUCAGCUGUGUUAGUAAGUGGAGACUCUGAGCCCAGCAGGCUCAAGGAAAGAGCAGCACAGCAGGCAGAAAGAGGGGAGGAAGGGCAGCUAGACAGAAAGGAGGGGGACACAUGAGAUAGAAGGGAAGGGCCAGCAAAGUUUCAUUGAAUAGGCCCUGAGCACCUCUCAGAUGUCAUAUUCUCUCUCCUCUACUCAGAAUUCCACUCUCAGUCCCUUGGCUAGCCCUACCCCGUUUGAGUGGGGAAGACAGACAUAUACAUGCAUAACUCUAGUGUCAGGCAGGAGGAAGCAUUGCAUGGGGGAGAGGGAUAAAAUUUCAGUGCCAUAUUUUAAGAUUAAAGAAGAGAACAAAAGCAAAAGGGCUUUAGAGUCUUCUGAAGAAAUAUUGCAUACAAGUCCCAGAAAUUCUUUUUGACAAUUUCAGAAGUGCUAUGGGUGCUGAUUCCAAAUGUCUUCCAAGUGAUUACAGUUCCCAGGAAUCUGGGGGAAAAAAAAUAAGGUUCUAGAAUGUAGCAAACAGUACAAGGCCUGGGACUCAGAGGGCUGACUGCCAGCAUGUCACUGUGUGACGUUGGGCAUUUGCUUAGCUUCUCUGAGCCUUGUUUUUUUCAUUUUUGAAAUAAGAGGACUGGACCAGGUAAUCUCCAAGAUCUUAUGAAUCUAGGGGAGGUAUUAGAAAAUGUACAGGAAUAAAGAGUCAGGUGGAAGUGCUGCAGCCCUGAGGCUCCCAGGAAGAAUGGGAGAUACAGGACCCUCCCAUCUCACUCCCCUCACCUCAAAAGCCAGUUUCUCAGACCUUUCUCCUAGGCCCAUUCAAAAGGGGAAAAACAAAAAUUAUCAGCCCUAUUUCAAGGACUUUGAAUAGAUUAUUUGCAUAUUUGCUCUGAAGUUACUCAAAAGGUGAGGACUGUGAGGAGGGAAGGCCUUAUUUAAUAAUCUAAUGCAAUUCCACUGGAAAGAGACCUUGUCAUGUACAUAAUCCAUUUCUCUGCCCCCUGAAUGCAUCUAUCAUAUUUUGAUUGAUCUUUUGGUAUAACCUCUCUAAGGCUGUGUGUGUGUGUGUGUGUAUUUUUUUAAAUUUUGUAUAAUGGAGGUUGGA